AGAACACCAGAAAGGGAUACCAUGGGGCGAACUGCGAGUGGAGAUUCAAUGAAUGUCAAGAAGGAGAAUCAGGAGAAAACUACUCAGUCAGGCACAUCUGUGCAAGGUGAUGAUUUCCAUUGGGACAGUUACUUGCAAGAGACUGGAUCUUUAAGUGCUCCUGCAGAAUUUUUCAAACAGUCCAAGAUUCCACCAACUAAUGAAUUUAAAGUUGGUAUGAAAUUGGAAGCCCGUGACCCUCGCAAUACGACUUCAACAUGUAUUGCUACGAUCAUCAGAGUUACUGGUGCCAGGUUACGUUUACGCCUUGAUGGUAGUGAUAAUAAAAAUGAUUUCUGGAGACUUGUCGAUUCUGCAGACAUACAGCCUGUUGGGACAUGUGAACAGCAAGGAGACUUACUUCAGCCUCCGCUGGGGUACCAGAUGAAUUCAUCAUCCUGGCCAAUGUUCCUUUUGCGAACACUGGAUGGAUCUGAACUGGCACCUGCAACAUUCUUCAAGGAGGAACCACCAAAGCCGCCUCUAAAUAACUUUCAAGUGGGGAUGAAACUUGAAGCUGUAGACAAAAAGAAUCCGGACAUGAUCUGUCCUGCAACUAUUGGAGGUGUUAGAGGAGAUGAAGUUCAUAUCACAUUCGAUGGCUGGAGUGGAGCUUUUGAUUAUUGGUGCAAAUACUAUUGCCGGGAUAUUUUCCCAGUUGGGUGGUGUCGUUUGGCAGGAGAUGUAUUACAACCACCAGGAACUCGUGUUUCCACUACAAAGACCACAACAAAAAGGAAGUCUUCCCAUUCCAAAGAAACCCAGCAGUCAAUGCAGUCUGCAAAGAAACUUGUUGUAGCAUUACCAACACAGCAGACCAAGAAACCAGGACGGACUAAACCAACUGGACGUACUCCAGUCCCCAAGAAGGAAAGUUCUACUAAAAAGGUCACACCAAAGAAAAAAGUCCAAAAAAAGGAAAAAUCUAUUCCUGUUGUGUGUUCCACAUCUUCAACUUCUGUAAGGAUGCUGACCAGAGGCCGUGGUGUUGAAUAUAAGGAUCCCAGUCCUGGGUCAUCUAAAAUAGUGAUGUCGACAGUCUGUGUCUAUAUAAACAAACAUGGAGACUGUGGCCCACACUUGGAUCAGAAGAAAAUCCAGCAGUUGCCUGACCAUUUUGGCCCAGGCCCUGUGAAUGUGGUACUCCGGCGGAUUGUGCAGGCCUGUGUGGAUUGUGCCAUUGAAAGUAAGACUGUUUUUGGAGCCCUUAAGCCAGAUAAUCGUGGAGGAGAAGUGAUAACUGCCUUCUUUGAUGGGGAAACUCAUUCCAUCCAACUCCCUCCAGUGAACAGUGCAUCAUUUGCUCUUCGCUUUCUUGAAAACAUGUGCCACAGCCUGCAGUGUGGUAACCUUUUGAGUAGUCAGCCUUUUAGUGCUAACAGAGGUAAUACUCAUAGUACUGCAGAGGAUGAUAAAAAUAAACCAGUGGAGGAAGAUGUAACCGAAAAACAAACCAGCAAGAGACCUUCUGAGCAACCUCUAUCUGAUGUUGCUCCUGUCUCUCCUAAGCUCCCCAAAACAGAGAUGCAUGCCUUUCAAGAAGAACUAUUGCCUUCUGAGGGAACUGGCAUGCCCAGAGAGGAGAAGCUUCCUGAAGAGUCCAAGGAUUCAUUACUAAAUCCAGAAAGUUCUUUGAAUCCUGCCAGUGGAGAUACUAUCAGCACCGAUGCUACAGUCUCCAAGAAUUUUUCUGAAGGUGUGCCAGUCUCCUCAACUUCAGCACUGGUGUCUGCAUUACCUACCGAGAGCAGUCCCAAUGAAUUCCAAACGCAGAACAGCAGUGAAGCUCCAAGUUAUAUAGCUGUACCUGACCCCAGUGUCCUGAAGCAAGGCUUCUCUAAGGACCCUUCAACCUGGUGUGUGGAUGAAGUGAUACAGUUUAUGAAACAUAAAGAUCCUCAGAUAUCAGGCCCCCUCGCCGACCUCUUCAGGCAACAUGAAAUUGAUGGGAAGGCUCUGCUACUACUCAAAAGUGAUGUUGUAAUGAAGUAUAUGGGACUGAAGUUGGGGCCAGCUCUAAAGUUAUGUUACUACAUUGAAAAACUUAAAGAAGGGAAACACAAUUUUAAAAAUGUAUAA